AUGGAGAGCUCAUCCUCGAGUUUAGACAAAGAUGCCGACCCGAAGGCUGAGGAUACGUUUGGCUACAACAGUAGCACUGCCAAUAAGGCCCGCCUGCAGUCAAUGCUGUCCGCGCUCCUCAGCGAUCCGAUUCUCUCUGAUGUACCGAAGAAGCCAACCCUUGCAGAUGUCGACACCUUGGUGAGCUUGGAACUGGGAAGCGCCAUGAAAAUAUCAGUCAUGAAGAUGGACGGUACCUUUUUGGGUGCGCUCUCUCUCUCUCUCUCUCUCUCUCUCUCUCUCUCUCUGUCGACCUGUAAAUUCCCCAGAGAGGUUAAUGACCGUGUCUGAUCAACUUAUCCUUUGCUUCUUGUACUUACUUUCUUGUGCUUAUUUUGCCUUUCAAAGUUAUGCAUAAUUAUUAGUGAGUUCAAUGGUUUUACCCGUUGUUCUUGGCAACAGCAACAAAAAAAUUUCUCGUACCUCUGGUGCUCUCAGAUCCUAUGAUUCCUGGUGAUAAGUAAGCUGGGUACUGGGGCGACUGGUUUCUAGAACUUAAUUUGUACGCUGUUUAUGUCAAAUCCCAAACCAUUUUUAUGGUAAAAAAAAAUAAACAGAAAGACUUCGCAUGGUUCUAUUUAUUUAGUUUUUAAUGACAUGUAGUUAAGUGUCUGUGGCUAAACUAUGGAGUUUUGUUAGAUGUUGCUGUGCCCAAUUCUGCCACCGUCAAGGACCUGAAGUUAGCGAUAAGAAGGAAAACAGAGGAGAUGCAGGAAGGACAAAUGGGCCACCGCCACAUAUCAUGGUAUGUAUUAUGAACGGUCUCUUCUUGGCUGACUCUAUUUUCUGAUAAUUUUUAUGGCUUCAUUUGACUUUUAUGGGACCUUUUUUUUCUCUUUGCAUUGUGGAGGGGGGUUGUGCAGAGCAUCUCAAUUUAAUUGUGUUUUAUAGCCGUUGACUUUAACAUCCUUUAUUGGAAUAUAUGUGGGUUUGACUUGGCCUGAUCAGAUGCCUUUAAGAAUAGUCCAUGAUUGGUUACUAGGAAACUGAGAUUAUAAAGUUGGCGUUGACAUUGGUGGCCUGAUCACUCUGUCACAGUGUCGACAGUCAAUGAAUGCCCUUGGGCUGCAUGCACCGCUGUUUUUGUUUUCCUCGUGGAAAAGGCCCAAAAGUCAACUUGUAUGGCCGGGAGUUUGCUAAGAGUAGCUCCAUAUUGGUUAUUUAGACGAUAAAGUCUUCUCUCCUUUGUUAUUUAGAGGAGAUAGAUCAAGAUUUCAAUGGCGUGGAACCAAAGCCCGGUCCACCCCAUCCAAGAGUCUGAUUCAUCUGAUGAGUAGGGCCCAUAUUCAGGUUGUCCAGAUCCUUAAUCAGGGUCAAAGCCAUUUACCGUUGACCAAGGAGAGGAAACUUUCCCCACAACCCUACUCUCUCCCUUUCCAACGACAUUCCAGUAAAUACUAACUUUUUUUAGUCAUGAUGAGGGGUAUUUAAGGAAAGCGUGGUUCUAACCCUGGGGAUUAAUUUACGUUAAAUAGAUAUAUGCUCCUAGUUACUCGAGCAUGUAAAUAAUUUACAUUGAGUUUAUAUCCCCCUUGGUUAUAAUGGCGCUGAUCACUGCUAGAAAAUUCAUGAACAUGGCGCAUUACAGGAUCAGAAAGAGAGGAAGAGAAUAUAAGCACUAGGCCAUCUGAUUCAUGCUUUCUGUAGGAAUGUUUCAACAUCAGAAAUAAUAAAUAAAAUCACAGGUUCAUAUCGGUUUCCCCAUUGUGCUCAUUUAUGGUCUGAUACUUCAAAAUUCUAGGAAGGAAAGAAAGAUUUUUUGCUUAAUUGAGCUACCAACUUAUGAAAGGGUUUACUUACAUCAUAGUUGUUUCAUAUGUGUAUCAAUGUAUCUGCAGGAGGCACGUCUGGGCAAAUUUCUGUCUCUCUCAUCACAGCGACAGGCUAGUUGAUGACGAUUCCCUGCUUCAGGAUCAUGGCAUUCGUGGAAAUUCUCAGGUAACCUCCUCCUUUCUCGAUGAUUUUCUUGGAGAAUCUGUAGAGUCUGUUCUACGAGUUCAUGGUUUGAUUACCAGGGACUCGUCAUCUGUUCUUUGAUUUCUAUGGCUUUGAGAGGAAUUAAUCAUAGAAGAUUGCUACGACUUUAUUUUGCAUAAUGUUUGCUGCUGAUUGCCUGGUAUCAUUUCCAUGUUCUUGAAUCGACUGACGAGCAGUUUUCUGAAUGUAAUUAGUUUCUUGGCAUCAUUGAACUGAAUAUAAUUCAAUUCUUACCAGUUGGCAUCUGACCAAUUAUCGAAUGGCAGCGGAUUUUCAGAUUUAUUUAUUUGCGAAUUUGGGACCCGUUUAUUUGCGGAUUUUCAGAUUUAUUGACCCAUUUCCGUAUCUGAAUCCUGUUUUUAUGCAGGUCUGCUUCACACCCUACGUUCUGUCGAGGGUUUCUCAGAGGCACUCUCGGCGAAGGAAGCACCGGUUCUUCCAUGGCCUCAGCAAGCUCCCACCUCCCAGCUUGGGAUUUCUUCGGCCUAGUGAUUGA